AUGCGCUACAAUCUGCCCGGCAAGGUAACAAGGCCACCGAUACCAGGCAUUGUUCGAGGCCCCAACAACCCAGAGCCCACGCCCGUCAACGUCGAGGAGCAAAUCCCUCUGGAGCCCCCAGCCUUUGCCGACUUGGAAGGAAUAUUUCCACUGGAGCAGAACCUGUUUUGGCCUACCAAGCAGUUUGUGCAGGAGUACAUGUCCCGCUACGACGCCUCGCACGACUUCAAGCACGUCACACGAGUCUUUGCCCUGUCAAGACGCAUUCUAGACCGAGAGACACAGUCGUUCCAGGGAGUUCCCUACGAUCCACAAGCCGUUCUUCUUGCGGCGAUGCUGCAUGAUGUUGGCGAUCACAAGUACCAUAAACCUGGAGAGAAUCCAGAGAACCAGAUUGCGGAGCAUCUUCUGGAGCACGGAGCAAACCCAGAUCUUGCGAUGAAGGUUCAGCUUAUCGCAAAGAACGUUUCCUUCUCCAACGAGGUCAAGAACCCUCGUAUGAUGAAGGCGGUGCUAGAUCAGCAUCCGGAGCUGGCGAUUGUCCAAGAUGCCGACAGGCUGGAUGCGAUAGGUGCAGUGGGUAUUGGAAGGUGCUUUGCCUUCGGCGCAGUCAAGCAAUCGGACAGAGGAUUGGACGGGAGCAUUGAGCACUUUGUCGAGAAGCUCGAGAGGCUGGAGAGCAUGAUGAAGACACACGCUGGACGUGAACUGGCUAGAGAAAGGACGCAGCGAUUACAGAUAUUCAGACAGUGGUGGGACGAGGAGACAUCGAUGCAGAUUUGA